UCCAUGCUUGUGAGCUCAUCUGACUUCUAGUAGGGCAUGUGUAAAUGCAUUUAGUGCUCACUUCCACAGUGGUUCUGUUUCUUUAAGAGAACUAUGGCUGUUAACUCAGAUCAUUGAACCAUAUGAGGGUCAAUAAAAGAAUAAAACCACUGGUUCGCGAUCUGAGGACAAGGAACUUGACCCCGGUGUGUGUUCAUUCACAUGCUAUGCACAGUCAACAGGGGAGUGCCAGGCCCUCGGCUGCUGCUCGCUGCUUCUCAGGAUGGCUUCCGGCAAAAUAAUUAAGCUGGUGGUGUUUGAGCUCCUUGAGUUUGCUGCCUUCUCCAUUCCUACCCUGGUGAUAAUGGAACAGUUUGCGAACGCCUAUCAAGAGACAAAGUUUGCAGGUGACAGGACACACUAUUGGCUCAUUGUUUCCUGCUCCAUUGCCUACGUGGCUCUAGUGAGCCUCUUGAUCUGGGUUCCGAUAAAAAUUGUCUUAUACAAGAAACGGCAUCUUUACAAAAAAAUCAUAGGAUGGCGACCUGCUCUGAUGAUGUGUGUGAUGCUCACCACGCUUCCCAGCUUUGCCUUCUCCAUAGCAGUGACUGAGGUUCAAAAGAAUGUCAAUGGCUCAGUCAAUUUGUUGCCUGAAUCCUUACCUGACCUGCCCGUGUCUCUGGUUCUGUUGUCCCUGAUCGUGGUUGACAUUAUUGAAAAACUCAGGAUAUACCCUCUAAGAGGGAGUCAAAAGAGUUAUGAAGACAAUGAUGUCCAGAUAACCUCGUUGCAGCAGGUAAAAACCGUGACAGAGCGUGUGGUACAGGGAGCCGCGGCGAAUCCUGCAUCUGCCCAGGCAGCGAAGCCCGCUGCGAUGUCCCAACCCUGUCACCACGCAGCUGCAGUGUUUGCUGGGCCCGUGGAGCCCUCUUUUCACUCUGGGAUCCUGAGGACCAUGUCUCGCAGAGAUGUCCGGGCGGAGCUGCUGCUGCGAAGCUUCCUCACGUGGUCUGACACUAUAGAAAUGCUGCGUGUGGCUGGCCACCCUGCCGUGUACAAGUCAGGCUGGCUGUACCCCGUCUACAUAUUCAGCUUUAUCUCUCUGCUGCGAAUGGUCUUCACGCCUAAGAACCCUCUUCUCAAUUCCCUGGGCGUCCUACUGCAGGAUCUACCCUUUAUUUUUCUUAGACUCAGUUUAAUCAUUGCCCUGGGGACUAUCACGCCAGUCCUGGGCCUUUGUAAAAAUAUCCUAGUGGCUGUCUCGUAUAUUUACUUUAAUUAUAUAACCAAACUCAGACCUUUCUCUGCCUUUGAAACGUCUCCAUUUUAAACAGCAAAUACUAAGAUAGUAAGCCCUCCUGAUUAUGCAUAUAAGUACAUUUGUAAAGUUUUUCUAGGCAUAAGCUUUUAUGUUACGUAGAAUUAACCAUUUCCAAACUGUACCAUAGUUUUGUUUUUAACAUAUGUAAAUGGUGCUACAUUUGAGCAAAGUUAUAUUCUUCCAGGUUGCCUCUUCCAGACUUCUGGAAACCUUAGUCAUUAAUUUUAGCCAUACACAUUCCACUUUUUGCUAGACAUCCCUGCUUAAGAAAGCCUUUUUAAAAUGAUGGAAGCUGUGAGCUAGCUCAAGAAUGAGAUUUUUUCUUAAAUCAUGUGUGCAGUGAAGAUUUUUGUGGCUUAUUUAGUCAAAAUUAGUUUUAGAAAUCAGAAGUUAUUGAAUAUAUUUUAGAGUUUCCUUGACAAUCUGAAAACUGUAGUUUUAGA